AUGAGCGACUCUAAACCCGCCCCAAAGGCUGGAGGAAGUGUCAUCUACAGCGUUGGUUCGUGGCGACUUGGUGACGAUGGAUCCAUUCACCGGCGUGGGCGGCUGAAGUACUCGAGUGGGGACGUGUACGACGGCGAGUGGGUCGACGGCAAGCGUCACGGCCAAGGAGUGCUUACUUUCGGUUCGGGCGGUAGCUAUACGGGUGAGUUUGUGAACGAUCUGUUCGAAGGCUUUGGAGUGUUGCGCGUGCCCAAGGCGCAGCACCCGUUGACGAAGCAAUGGCUGCGUGGAGAGAAGUAUGAAGGAGACUUCUUUCGAGGGCUUAAGCACGGUCACGGCACUUGGCAGACCCGCAGCGGAGACCAGUAUGACGGUGAACUGAAGCAGGGAUUGUACGACGGCCGAGGAGUCUGCGUGUACGGGGCGUCGGGUGAUGUGUACGACGGGGAGUUUGUUCAUGGGCUGCGUCACGGGCGCGGUGAGUUGCGCUUUCGCAACGGAUCGACCUACAGCGGCGGCUUCCGGCUCGACAACUUCCACGGCUUCGGUCGGAUGUCGUAUGGAUCUGGGGGGAUCCAUGGCACAUACGCUGGGGAGUUCGUGGACGGUAAAAGGCAUGGACAAGGAGUGCGCACCUAUGGCAAUGCGGAAGCUAACAAGGCCAAUAGGAGACGAUACGAAGGUGAAUGGGAAGACGAUGAACCUCACGGUACCGGCGUCCUCGAGCGUGAUGGCUGCACUGCGGUGGGGAUUUUCGAGCGAGGUCUGCAGACAGGUCCAGGAGCGAUGCGCUUUGCCAAUGGUGAUACUUACGACGGGAACUUUGAGAACGGAGAUCUCCACGGUGAAGGCCGCUACGUGUAUCGGGACGGUGGAGUGUACGAAGGUUCGUUCGUGCGGUCCAAGCGUCAUGGCAAAGGCACGCGCGUGUUUUCUAACGGCGAUCGAUACGAGGGUAACUGGGUGGACGACCAGAUGCAUGGGCGAGGUGUGCACACGAGCACAGUUAUUGUGAAGCCUCGAAGCAAGAGCAAGAAGAACGGCGGGCGUGGGGUCUUGGUGUACGAUGGGGAAUACUGCAAUGGACACCAAACUGGCGAGGCUCGCAUCGUCUACGAGUUCACGCCGGAGACGGAAGAAAGACCACAGACGCCAGAGCCUGAGCAACACAAGCGCACAAAUUGGGAGUGGAAUGGCGAAUACGAGUUCCCUGAGGACUCCGGCUGCUGGCAUCGCGGGCGAGGCAAGACAACCUAUGAAGGGGGCGUCCUUCGCGGCCGGUUCCACGGCCAAGGCGCGUUGUGUUCACCUGAUGGGAAGUUGUGGCGUGGAGAAUGGGCCCACGGACAGCUUCACGGUCACGGCGAGCGUGUGUACCUCCCGCUGGAGUUUGAUACGCUGAUGACCAAGGACAUGCUGGAGAGGGACACCCCUGGCUUGACUUUGGCAGCAGGGGGUCCGAUGGGGCUGUAUGGAGUGGCGCAGUACGUUGGAGAGUUCGUAAAGAAUGUGCGGCAUGGUGAAGGCGAGCUGCUGUAUACGAAUGGGUAUCGUCUUCGUGGGAACUUCGUGAACGGCUUCGUUGAGGGUGUGGCGUGCUAUGGUUUCGGCGGACAAGGUCAAAACGCUCGGUGGCGAUACGGAGAGUUCGUUCGGGGCGAGCGCAAGCGAUGGCUGAGUGAAGAAGAGGAAGCAACGAUAGUGAAGCGCAAGAAGGACAAGGAAGACGCAGAAGCACGUCGGCAAUACCUGCUACGAGCGCUGGUGUCGCAAUAG